AUGCCUACCAUUGAUAACCUCGAAGUGAGGAAAACGAAAAAGAAGAAGGAUAAAAAUUACAUCAAACCAGGCCCCAUAUAUUCAGAUCAAGAUAUUCCUUAUGAUUAUAUGGUUAUCAUUGAUGCUGGUUCGAGUGGAUCAAGAGUUUACGUAUAUAAUUGGUUGAAUCCCGAGUAUUCAUUGAAACAAGAUUAUGAAUUGACUAAAGCCAAGGGUAAACUACCUGCUAAUAUCGAGUUAUUUAAACAAUUCACUAUUAAAAAGGAUGAUGAAAGUGAAAGUGAAGGAGAAAGUGAUAAUGAAACUGAAAAUGGAAAUGAAAUCAAUGGGGAAGAUAAGACAAUUGAUGAUUCUGACAAUGUUGGAAACAUUGAUGAAUCGAAUCAAGAAGAACCUACAAGCCCCAAGAAAUCUCUUGUCGAUAUCAAAUUUCCUAAAAUCAAAUCUAAAAAGAAAUGGCAUCAAAAGAUUAAACCUGGAAUAUCAUCAUUCAAUCAAAGUCCUCAAAAGAUAGGUAAUCAUCAUAUUAAAUACCUUUUAACUUUGGCGAGUUCAGUAGUACCUAAAUCUCAACAUUAUAGAACCCCAAUAUUCUUACAUUCAACAGCUGGGAUGAGAUUAUUAACUCCAACUCAACAACAACAAAUCUUAACCAGUAUUUGUAAUUAUAUCACUAAUAAUUCCGAUUUCUAUAUCCCGGAAUGUUCCUCCCAUAUUAACGUUAUCGAUGGAGAUUUCGAAGGAAUUUAUGGUUGGUUAGCCAUCAAUUCUUUAAAAGGUUCAUUUGAUCAUCCCGAAUUACAUAAUCAUGGUAAACUGCAUUAUACUUAUGGUUUAUUGGAUAUGGGUGGAGCUUCUACUCAAGUUGUAUUCCAACCUAAUGUAACUGAAAUUGAAGAACAUCAAAAGAGUUUAUAUCGUAUUAAUUUAAAUCAAUUACCUCAAUUAACAAAUAGUACUAGUGAGGAUGAAAGUGAAUUUGAUGCCGUGGGUUCUUAUUAUGUACCAAAUAAGGUUGAUUUCAAUAUUUAUUCUGAUUCAUUUUUAGGAUUCGGAAUGUAUCAAGCUCAUACAAGAUAUUUAGAAUCAUUAUUCCAUAUUUAUUUACAAGAACAUGGUUUAAACGAUCAUGAUAGAUACUAUGGAAACAUCGGGAAACCUAUCGUUGAUCCAUGUUUACCCAAAGGUUAUACUACUACUGCUGUGCUUGAUGAUUAUAGCGUUGAUUUUACGGGUGGCAGUGAUUUUCCAAAAUGUCUUGAAAUGAUUUUCCCUGUCAUUCUGAAUAGUACUCAUGGUACAUUAACUGGUGGUGAUAAUGUGAACUGUAAACAAUUUAAUGAGCAAGACCAAGUUAGUUCAUGUUUAUUGAAUGAUUUAAUCCCUUCAUUUGAUUUCGAUAUUAAUCAUUUCGUAGGUGUUAGUGGUUAUUGGGAAGCUAUUAAUAAUUUAUUAUCUUAUGAUGAAGCUACAAAAAGAGAUGAUAAUGAAGAAGAAGACGAUGAAGAUGAUGACGAGAGCGAUGAUAAAAACGAACUGGCUGAUACUUAUGAUUAUAAAAUAAUCUAUAAAGAAACCACUAAACUUUGUUCACAAUCAUUUAGUUCAUUAAUUGAAUUAAAUAAAUUAAAAUCUCCCGAAACAAGAUUAUCAGAAGAAGAAUUAGCUGAAUUAUGUUUUAAAUCUUCUUGGGUAUUAAAUUUCUUACAUUUAGGUUUAGGAUUUCCUCGAUUUGGUAUUGAUGAUGAACCAUCCCAAAUCAAUAGUCCAUUUAAGUCAUUACAAUUAGUGGAAGAAUUAGAUGGUUCAGCAUUUUCAUGGACAUUAGGAAGAGCUAUACUUUAUGCCAACGAUGAAUAUGUCCAAGCUUUCAAUAAUUAUACCUUAUCAACGUUGCAACUCGAACAAGAUUCUCCUCGAGCUCAAGAUUUAGUACUUCGUAGACCAGGAUUAUAUUAUUCCGCUGCUCCAAGUGUUUAUCAUUUCGGUGCUGAGCAAAAUGGUAUUUAUCCUCGUCCUCAGUUUACACCUCCUGAUAAAGAUGCGAAAUAUCAUCAUUAUGAUUAUGAAACAAAUUACAAAUCUGAUCUGAAGGAACUGAAAUGGUACAUUGAACCUCAUAGAUGGUAUGGUAUUUUCAUCUUUAUGUUCUUAUUGGGUUUCAUUGGAUGGUUAAUGCUCGGAAGAAAUGGUAGAUCGCUUAUUUUUGAUAAAUUGAGAAUUAAGUUGGGUAGAUUUAUGAUUCCAGUAUUUGGAAACCGUAAUAAAAAUCAAACUUAUAUGCCAGUUAAACAAAAUCAAACUGAACAAGAUGAUCUUGAAAAUGCAGCUGGAUUUGAAUUAGAUGAGUUAUCAAGUGAAGAUUCUAAACCAGGAAAAUCAUCAUCAACUGCCAGUGACGAAGAUGACAUUGAUAGACAAUUCAAAAUAGACAGUGAUGACGAUGAAUAA